AUGUGGGCUUUCAUGUGUCUUGCACUGAGAGCUCGUGUCUCUUCUGUUUCAGGCAGCGGUACCAUUGACUUCGAGGAGUUCUUGGUCAUGAUGGUUAGGCUGCUCAAGGAGGACCAGGCCGGCAAGAGCGAGGAAGAGUUGGCCGAGUGCUUCCGUGUCUUCGACAAGAACGCUGACGGCUACAUCGACAGAGAGGAGUUUGCUCUGAUCAUCCGCAGCACCGGAGAGAGCAUCACAGAGGACGAGAUUGACGAGCUCAUGAAGGAUGGAGACAAGAACUCAGAUGGCAUGCUGGACUUUGACGAAUUCCUCAAGAUGAUGGAGAAUGUACAAUAAACGCUGACGCCUCUUGGACAUUCCUCCUUCUCUCUCCCUCCAUCCCUCCAACCGUCCUCCCACCUUUGCAACAGAAAGCUAGCGCCCCCUGAGGCCGCCUGGGGUCACUGCGGCUCCAGGCGUGGGUCAUGUGAUCCAUGUUCGCUGGUGUAGCCCGAGACCGCUGCUUUGACUGAUCCAACGUCACUGUACCGAAACAGAUAAAGCCACUACCACCGGUGCCGUCGUGUUUAAAGUCUGUAUAAAGUUUGUUUUGAGGAAAAUAAAUCAAAUGUUUGUUUCUU